GAUAAGAAACAAAAAGAGGAACAAUCCACUUCUGAUAAAUUUUAAAUGCAGCACACUAGAAUUUGAAUAGGACGAGAAAACAGUUCUUUCAAAGUGAAGCCAGGGAUCAAAAAAGCGAGGUUACUGAUAAUCUCAUAGGGUUAUCAGAAACAGGUGCCAAUCAAGAUUCUUGAGUCUACGAAGAUAACCAAACCAAGAUCAUCCUGAAGAUUACUCAACUCGAGAGGUUCAAUGGAUCUGACACUUUAUAGUCUCCUCCUGCUGACAAUUGGUCAUAACAUCUUUGUGAUAUACUCAGCUGAGUCAUCUUGCACCAUUACGACUAAUGAUGUGGCUCUGUGCAAUUCAGGUAAUGAUGACAUCUGUUCCAACUCACCCAAUUGUUGUUGUUCAGAAGAAUAUAAUGAGGAAAUACGAGUCAAUGGCUCACAAUACAUAGUAAAAUGUUGUGAAAUCGAUGAGUGCAAACAGAAUACUUCUAAAUGUGGUACCAACAUGUACUGUAAAAAUACUGUGGGCUCAUACGAAUGUUUGUGCUUAGAUGGUUUCACAUCCAUUUUCAAUACAUGUAUAGAGUGUUUGCCUAAUGCUACACAACAAAGGUAUAUGGAAUCCUGCGUCAAUCAGAAGAAAGAGGAUCCAUUCUGCUCUGUUCUUGAGCAGUCAGUUAAAUCUCUGAAAGAAUCUUGUCAAAAAAAUAACAUCAGUGAUCAGACAGCAAAGGAGGAACUCAAGAAAAUAACCAAAGAGAUCACUCAGUCUCUCUCCAAUUUCAGCAUCAUCACUAACAAAGUGCAGAAAGGACAAUUCAUUACAGGGCUUCUACAAAAUGUGGAACAAACUUUCCUGAUAUCUUUUCUGCAGGCACCAAGGACUCAGAAUAUUAACACCACUGUUCUAGACAUUACCAUGAAGUCUUCCCAUGACAUCUGCAGUCCUGGUGUCCAGUCCUUCACCCUGGUCUCAGCUGACAACAAUAUGGAGGUGCCCUGCAGUCUGGUGCCCAUAGUCAAAGGAGGUGCUGUUUUUCUUACCUACAAAAGGUUCAAUGGAAGUAUGUUAUUUACACCGCAAGUUUCUGAAUGGGAUGGCAAGACAGUGAUCAACUCACAGGUGGUGACUGGAACCAUCACAAACCCUAACAGUAAAAAUCUGACUUCCCCUGUCAUCUUUAAACUUUCCCAUCUGCAGCCAAUAAGACCCUUAAAUAAGUUCAUCUGUGUAUUUUGGGACCCUGAAAAGAAUAACUGGUCGAAAGAAGGAUGUGAGACAGGACAAUCUGAUAGCACACACACCAUCUGCUCUUGUACCCAUCUCUCCAGCUUUGCACUCCUCAUGGCACCUCAUGAAAUACAGGGCGAUUUUACUCUUACCCUUCUCUCCUACAUUGGCCUGGGUGUGUCUCUUCUUUGCCUGUCUCUGUGUCUCCUUACAUUCAUCCUGUGUCGGACUCUGAGGAGCGCUCACACCUCCAUCCUAACAGCUCUCUGUGGAUGUCUCUUCCUGGGACAACUUUUGUUUCUGGUGGGAAUCCAUCAAACUAGGAUUAAGAUUGUGUGUGCAAUCAUUGCUGGUUCACUCCAAUUCUCGUUCCUCUGUGCUUUCUGCUGGAUGUCUAUUGAAAGUUUUUUGCUCUUCAUGACUGUCCGAAACCUGAGGGCUGUCAAUUAUAUGGCUUCCCGAAAAUCAAACUUUCCAGUUAUGUGUCUUCUGGGGUUUGGCAUCCCAUCUGUGAUUGUGGGGAUUUCAGCAGCUGUUCGUCCACAUGACUACGGGACAGAUUUGUAUUGCUGGCUCAGUCUUGGCAUUGUUUGGAGUUUCCUUGGUCCAGUCUUUGUUUUUAUCAUUACAAACACAGUUCUGUUGGUCUUCACUGUUCAUCUCCUGAGAAAGAGGCUGGCAUCUGUAAAUACAAAUGUGUCCACUCUGAAGAACACCCGGUUGCUGACUUUCAAAGCCGUUGCUCAGCUCUUCAUCCUUGGCUGUACCUGGGGUAUUGGCUACUUCCAGUUUGGACGUCAAGCUCUGAUCUUUUCCUACCUCUUCACUAUCUGUAACAGCCUCCAGGGAGCAUACAUCUUCCUUGUACACUGUCUUCUCAAUCAACAGGUCAGAGAAGCGUACUAUAGAUUGUUCUAUAGCAUUUGUGGUCAAAGAAAACAAAAACUGGAUAUAUCCACCACAGGUACCCUUCCAUCAGGCUCUAAAGAUACAAGUAUGUCGGACUUUAAAAGGACUGCAAUCAGUACAGAAAAUUCUUCAAGGGCGAUGAAAGAACAAAGUGUGUAAUACCCAAUGGAAAAUAAUGUUGUCCAGAGGUGACGGUUGUGAUAAUCUGAGGAAAGAAAACGGAUAUGUAUGAAAAGAGAUGCAAAGGCAAAACAGGGCUGUUUAUGUUCCAGCUUUCAUUCUACAGUCUAUAUACUAUAUAAAAGAAACAAAGAAUACGCUUGGUUGCUUCAUUAAUCAAUGCCAAUAUAUCUGCUGUUGCAGUAUUUUUGCUCAUAUUCUUCUCAGGAUUUGUUCAAUGUGCGUUCCUAAAGCAGAACUUAAAGCGGAGUCCCGGCCACAAUUUCACUUUUUAUAUAUAAAUACCCCUGUAAUACACA